AUGUACAAGACAAAGUUACAAGAGCUUUGCCACAAGAGAAAAUGGGGUUUGCCAAGGUACUCUGCCAUGAAAGAUGGUCCAGAUCAUAUACCAAGCUUUAAGGCUUCUGUUCAUGUCAAUGGUCUCAUCUUCACUUCUUCCAGUGCCUCUAGUUCCCUUAAAGAAGCUAAAAACAAAGCUGCCAUGGUUGCUUUCCUCAGCUUCUGUUCUGGAUCUUCAACACAAACUUCUGAACAGGAUACAAAAGAGCAAAUUAGAGCAGUGAAACCUCAGGGCAGUUCAAUUCCAGCACAAUCUUCAGUCAUUAUAGACGAUAUGGACUGUAUUCACAGAAUUCAGUUGCAGAACAAUGCUCGAAUGAACAAUCUUGAUCCACCUGUGUUUGCAUGUAAAACUGAGAAGCUGCCUCCUGCCAAUGACUUUAAGGCCACAUUGCUAGUUGAUGGGCAUUCUAUUGAAAGUCCUUCAGUUACCAACACUAUAAAAGAGACAGAGCGGGCUUCUGGUUUAAUGUCAUUAUCACCUGACAUCUUUGAGAAGGGUGAGUCUGAUUCAUUCAAGACUUCAAUAAUGAAAUUAACUGUGAGAGAAGGCAUUCACAAACCAACAUAUAAAACUGUGCAGGCUGGAUGUCCCUACAUGCCAACUUUCUUCUCUACCUUGGAAGUAGAGGGUGUGGAAUUUCAUGGAAAGGGAUGUAGAUCCAAGAGAGAGGCAGAAGAGGAUGCUGCAAAGAUUGCUUACAUUGUCUUAAAAAAGUGUGGACUCAGUAUGUAUGCUGUUUUCUCACCUUCUCCAAUAGAGCAUAAAGCAGUACAAUCAAUUCUUGGCUCGGAUAUUUUCAAAUGCAUUCAGAAUCUCAAACUUGAAGAUUUGAAUGACACAUUAUAUGAAAAUGUUAAAGUUGCAAACGAGGAGGAACAAAAGUCAUCUUUCAUGCAGUCACCUUACGAAUAGAUGAACAACAGGAGCUCAUCAUCUGUAAACCAGCAUUCAGUUCUUCCCCAAAAUCAUCUCCAUUUCACAGAUUGAUGUUGAUGUAUGCCUGUAAAUUUUUAAGUCUUUGCAAUACUACCUAUUAGUGACAAUAAGUAGGUUGUG